AUGGAGGCGCUUAUUAUGUUUUUAGUGCUUUCCGUAUCCGGAGUGUUCAUGUACAAGUGGUCCUACGAACAGCUCUGGUUCAAAGUGGGCUCUCUAUUUGACAUCAUAUCAACUUCCUCGAGGAAAGAGGCCUAUUCUUUGACAAGCAAAUGGGAAACCAGCCCAAAUGGAAACGCGUCCAAUAUGGGCAAUUUCAUCAAUAAGUUUUACACAGAAUAUUCCUUGCCCUCUCAUAAAGUCCUACAAUCUCUGCGAGUUCUUUUUUCAUUAGCGAUGAUGACAUAUACGGUAACGAUAGAAAUUAUACUAUGGCAAAUCAAGGUAGCUGAUAUGGAAAAGGAAGUCACCUUUAUAACGACUUGGGUGUGGCCCUUGACAGCUAUCAUUCUAUCGUUCAUAUUAAUCUUACUCCAGCCAUUCUUCAUUAUUAUAUCCUUAUUGAAUAAGUUUUACAAUGACAAGUUUGAUAUCGACCGAUUGAUCAUAGUGACAAGUAUCGCUUUGUCAAUUCUUAUUGCAAUUCUAAGCUAUAUCAAUAUCGGGCCAUUUCAAUACACGAGAAAUAUUUUAACCAGAUUGUCCAUAGGAGGUGUCACAGUCAUGGCCGCCCUAUCCGGGCUGGCCACUGUUUCAAGUUUAUACUAUAAUUUUUUGGUUAUAUGGCAUAAGCUACGUAGCACUUCAAUGUCAGACCCCAACUUUAGAAAUAUAAACAACAACAAUAACAGUAAAUCCCUAUUAUGGACAACGGACGCCUACAUAAAAGAAAGAAUUCAAGAUUAUGAGCAUAACAUAGAACAAAAUGUGCAAAUACUAACACGAUUAGAGGACGAGCCAAAUGGAGAAAACUCAACUUUCAAGGCACAGUUGAUGGAAAAGAUUGCUUGGUAUCAAUUAUCGCUGGGGAAAUUAGAGACAUUGCUACAUCAGUCUCCGCAGGUAAGGACUUUCAAAAAAGUCUUUGAGAUUGGUUUUAUCGUAUACUGUCUUCAUAAACUAAUAACAACUUUUCUGAAAAAAAUACCUCACAUCAUAUACCACUCGUUUAAAUAUCCUGAUGACUACGAAUAUGAGAAUUUCAGUGAAAACGCGGCAUCGGACCCUUUAGCAAUCACUAUUGCAAACAUUUUGGACUUUUUAUUCUUUAGAUUCAAUUAUCAACAUGAUCUCGACUCUUUGACAAAACAAAUAUCGUUGUUUUUGUCAAUUUCCCUUUUUCUUUGUUGUCUCUCUGCGGUCAGUACCACCAUCUCAUACGUUGUGACUCUUUUGCCUGUAAAGUUCCAAAUUCUUGCGCUCUUUGCCAUGCAAAAUGAUGAUACUGGUGAUGUACUUCCAGAAUAUGUUGAUAACUCUAAUUAUAAGGGGAAAGGGGGGAGCUCCUCCCACCAACAGAAAGGAAUAUCUUUGAUAAAGAACUUGGUGGUAUCAGAGCUAACUGGUGUUUACGUUUUGGCCACUUCGUUAAUGAUUCGGUCCCAUCUUCCCUUUGAAGUGUCACAAAGGUUGAAGGAACUAUUGGGAGAAAAAUUUACUGUUCCAAACGUUGUUAUAGAUUCCUGGUUUGAUAAGGUCUACGCUUUUGCAUGCAUAUUCACUUUCAUUUGCAUACGGAUUGCAGAGCGGAAGCUUUCUACUAAGAAAGUUAGUGUUGAAUGA